AUGGAUUUGACUGCAUUUUUAGUCGCUAUUUUUUUUUCAGCGUGCCUACAGGCUGUGGAUGGGCUUCUCGUCCCAGCCAACAAGUUCAUCGAUCUCGCGCUUCCUUCCUACGACUACAUUGUUGUCGGUGGCGGUGUUUCCGGCCUCGUUGUAGCCAAUCGACUCACGGAGAACAAAAAUGUGACUGUUCUUGUUCUCGAGGCUGGCGACUUAGACUCAGGCCCGGACCUCGUCACUAUCCCCGGACUUGUCGGCCACGGUUUCAUUCCGUCUCAGAACUGGAACAUCACCACCGCACCACAGGAAUCCUUAGACAACCGUACUCGGGACUACGGCCAGGGUCAUGUUGUUGGAGGUGGUAGCAUCCUCAAUGGUCUCGUCAUGACCCGCGGGGCCAGGUACGAUUAUGAUGCCUGGCGUACGCUGGGGAAUCCCGGCUGGAGUUGGCACGGAAUGCUUCGUUACUUCAAAAAGAGCGAGAACUUUACUGCCUGUGUGGCUCCAGAAGACAGUCAAAAUCUUCAUAUUCGACCACAUAUGAAAGUUCACGGCCAGAAAGGUCCCUUGCAAGUAGGCUACCCGAGAUUCUUUUACAAUUCAUCUCGUAACUUCCUCGAGGGCAUCUCUGAGCUCGGGAUCCCGCUCCUUCCCGACAUCAAUACCGGUAUUGCAGCAGGCGCUUCGGUUGCCCCAGCUACUAUCAACGAUCGUAACCAGUCACGAGCGGACAGCCGAAGGGCGUAUCUGGACAGUGUCCUAAGUCGCCCAAACCUGCAUUUGGCGACCCAGCAGACCGUCACUCGCGUCCUCUUCGGGGCUGAGGCUGUUGAUGAGGACUCCGAACGGCCUGCUAAGGGUCUCAAGAGAGCAUUUGGGGUUGAGAGAAUGGCAUGCGAUAGGGAGGUGAUCCUAGCAGCGGGGGCUAUCAUUUCACCAUCGUUGCUGCAAGUGUCUGGCAUAGGUCCAGCCUCCGUUCUGGAUGAACUGGGUGUACCUGUUCAGAUCGACCUGCCGGGGGUUGGCCAGAACCUCCAAGAUCACGCAAUGGUCGGCGCGUUUUAUAACUACACUCGUUCUGGAAUGUUUACGGCGAACAACCUCACUGGCAGUAUUCUUGAGGAAGUUGAGAGCCAAUACUUUGCCAACCGAACAGGUCCCCUGACGCACCCAUUAAUCUCAACUCUCGCGUUUGCCUCUCUCCGACAUCUCGACAUGAACUGGGAAACCCUCUUAUCGAACAUACCUGGUUCCGAACCCGAGUCUCACCUCCCUCCUGGACCAGGUCAACACCCCACGAUCCUGAAAGGCUAUGCCCGUCAACAACACCUCCUUACCUCCCUCCUCGCCCGCUCAAGUGUGGGUGCGCUCGAGGUGAUGGCAGACAGCAUCGGUACUUUAACAGCAGCAGUUCAGCAUCCUUUGAGCAGAGGUUUUGUCCGGGCAUUGUCAGCGGAUCUCCUCGCCAAUGGCUCCGUGGCCCGAAAUAUUCUUCUCGACCCGCGCUAUUGUUCACACCCAUUCGACUGCGACAUCAUUGUGCGCGGUCUCAAGCUUAAUAAUCAGUUAGUCAAGACAAAGGCCAUGCAGCAGCUCGUCCCUCAGCCCGCGUACCCCUGGGAUGAUCUUACCAGCCAGAAUGAUACAGCCCUGUUGGAGGCAGUCCACUCCAAGCUGCAAACCGAGUUUCAUCCUGCCGGAUCAACAUCGAUGCUGCCUUUGGAGUUUGGGGGAGUCGUGAGCCCGCGGUUGAUGGUGUACGGGACAUCGAACUUGAGGGUUAUCGAUGCUGGUAUUAUACCUUUGUUACCGGCUGCUCACAUCCAGGCAGCUGUGUAUGCUAUCGCUGAAAAGGUUUGCCAACCUGACCCCCACAAUCCCCUAGCUUUUCGACGACACUAA